CACCGCUGGUCCCUCUUCGGCCAACGAGGCCAAGGAAGGAAAGGCCCAGAGACCUGCCUCACCAGCACUGCCUGUCAUGAUAAAAGACAGUCAUGACCAGUGAGUCACUGCUACCAUAUUACACGGCCCAGAGUGACUCCGGAGUGGGCAUGUUCAAUACCGCCAUGGGGAAACUGCAGCGACAACUGCACAAGGGAGAAUAUGACAUAUUCAGGUACGCACCCAUAUUUGAGAGCGACUUUAUUCAGAUCACCAGAAGGGGAGAAGUGAUCGAUGUGCACAACCGUGUCCGAAUGGUGACUGUGGGCAUUGCCUCCACCAGCCCCACCCUCCCACUACCAGACAUCAUGCUGCUGGCCCGACCAGCCACGGGCUGUGAAGAGCAUGCCGGGCGUGGCCAGGCCACCAAGGGAAAAAGCCGCAAGGCUACAAAGACCUUAGAGCUCACCAGGCUCCUUCCCUUGAAGUUUGUAAGGAUCUCCAUUCACGACCGUGAGAAACAACAGCUGCGCCUGAAGUUUGCCACUGGCCGUUCCUGCUACCUGCAGCUGUGUCCCCCUCUGGAUGCGCAGGAAGAACUCUUUGCCUAUUGGGAAAAGCUAAUUGGGCUCCUGCGACCACCGGGGGACAGUAACAGCCCUACCUGUGUCAUGCCAGGGGAGGACAUGAUAUGCAUGCAUGAGGAAGAGGACAGCAGGAGCCCGGCAGUGGUGGAUUUCCGAGGGAAAGGGGAUGAGGAGCAGGGCAGCAGCAUCAGGAGCCUCCAGGUAGUCUCGGAGGUGGCUGGGGCCACCUCUGCAGCUUUUGCUGGGGGAGAGAGUACCCAACAUGACUCCCACAGACUCACCACCGUGCCCGAUGUAGCCACAUCAAACACAAAACCUACGGAGCUUGACAAAGAGUCAGCAGCAGGGGCAAUGACAGAGGCAGCGGCAGCAGCAGAGAUGGCAGCAGGCACCACAGCAGGCGAUUUCAGCGUGGCAGUCACUAAGUCUGCUGCACCAGAACAGCUAGGCACAGCCACAGCAGCGGCAGCCACCAAGGGUCCAGAGGGAAGCAAAACCAGCAUAGCCAUGGCGGACGCCACCAACAUAUCCCCAAAGAGCAUUAAAAUGGCCUCGGCAGGUACUGCAAACAAGCCCUCUGAGGGUACUUCCAGCAUGUUCACUGGCGUCUCCCCAGAGGCCAGCACCAUGGUGGCAAUUGCAAGAGCAGAAUCAACCAGCAAGACUGCCAAGGAACCUCUCAUCGCAACCUUGCCAAGGGAAGACCCUGUGAGUGACCAGCCUGGAAGUCAACAGCCAGCAUCCCAGGCCAGUGAUGAAGCCCUCCAGGGAAGAAGGGAACACAGGGAGAGAAGGGAGAAUAGAGCAUCCAGGAAUUCCCGUCACCACAGGGCAGCUGAGAGCCGCCACAAGGCAGCGGCGGACAAGAUAACGCAAAAAUCAUCCAGCCGGUCCUUAGCCAGCCGUCGAGCCUCGAGAGAAGACAGAAUGGAAAAAGGCCGCAGCAGCCCGGGGCGCAGCAGGCGCGUCACCCCGCACAAAGGCAUCAGCCGGGCUCCCAUCACAAAGGAGUCUCACAAAUCAGGGAGGAACUUAUCUACAGCUAGUUCCGUUUCCGCAACCAAGAGACCCAGCAGGAUCAGCUCUUUCCUGAGGAAUGUCAAAGCCAAUCUUACUGCAAAAACAGUGGCCUCGCCACCCGACAAAGAUGUAAACAUCUUGACUGAGACCGUGGAGAGGAACAGCAUGGAGACCGUCAUAGAGACAGCAGAGAGUGGCCAGGGGCUGGAGAUCAUUGGUAGUGUGACAUCUGAGAUGGUUGAGACGGUGACAUUUGAAGCCCAUUAG